AUGGCCGACGACGACGCGACAGACACCCAAUCCAGGUCCAUCAAUCCCGUCCCUCCGUCUCGUCGCCGGGACUUCCCUGGUAUCGUUGCAGACAAUCACGGCAUCAGCACCAACCUCGACGUUGCUACACCGACCCACGAUGGCCCGCGGCACCACCCGCUGCCAGUCCGACACAUGUCGGCACCCGCAUACCAGAGCCCCCUGCGACACCACCGCCGAGCGCCCUCACGAUCUAAGGGUGUGAAAGAGACGCUCAAUGCACGAUCGCACUACGGCAGCAGCGACGAUGACGGCGGCGCGAUCCACCAUAUCAACCAGUACAUCAUCAAGCAAGAGAUCGGGCGAGGCAGCUUUGGUGCAGUGCAUCUGGCCACUGACCAGUAUGGCAACGAAUAUGCGGUCAAGGAGUUCUCCAAGUCCCGACUACGGAAGCGGGCGCAGUCGAACUUACUUCGUAACCCGAAGCAGCCUGGCAGACGACCUGGCUAUCUAGCUGCAGCCGCAGGUCGAGGUUUCAAUUCGCCCUUACAUCGACAGUCGUCGGCUGACAAGCUCAACGGGGAGAGCAACAACUCGCUUGAGCUGAUCAAAGAGGAAAUUGCGAUCAUGAAGAAGCUCGAUCACCACAAUGUCGUGUCGUUGAUCGAAGUGCUGGACGACCCCGAGGAAGACUCGCUCUACAUGGUGCUUGAGAUGUGCAAAAAGGGUGUGGUGAUGCAUGUUGGUCUUGAAGAGCGAGCGGAGCCGUACAACUCGGAGACGUGUAGAUGCUGGUUCCGCGACAUGAUUCUCGGCAUUGAGUACUUGCAUGCUCAGGGCAUCAUACAUCGCGACAUCAAGCCUGACAACUGCUUAGUCACGCACGACGAUGUUUUGAAGAUUGUCGAUUUUGGAGUAAGUGAAAUGUUCGAGAAAGAGUCAGAAAUGCACACCGCCAAGUCAGCUGGGAGUCCCGCUUUCAUGCCACCCGAGCUGUGUGUGGUGCGGCACGGGCCUGUGAGUGGUCGCGCGGCUGAUAUCUGGAGCAUGGGUGUGACGCUGUACUGUCUCCGGUAUGGCCGCAUACCGUUCGAGAAGUCUGGCAUCAUGGAGUUGUACGAAAGUAUCCGGACCGAAGAGCUCCAGCUUGAGGGCGAAGAGGACAAGGAUUUCGACGACCUCAUGCAUCGCAUAUUUGAGAAGGAUCCGGAGAAGAGAAUUACCAUGGACGAACUCAGAGAACACCCUUGGGUCACACAAGGUGGUGUUGACCCGAUGAUGCCAGCCGAAGAGAACUGCGCAACGCUGGUCGAACCACCUACCGAGGCUGAGAUGAACGAGGCGAUCACAGGGAACAUGGCACAUCUUAUGGUGGUCAUGAAAGCCGUCAAGCGCUUCAAGAAGUUGCUUCAACGAAAAAGGCCGCAGUUCAUGGAUAAUAUCUUUGGCCGCGAAUCGCGACUCAUGCAGCCACCACAUCAGAUGCAUGGAUCGAGCAGGAGCCAAGACACCUCCGAUCGGCGACCUGUCGAGACUGCUCUUGUCACUGAAGGUGUCCACAGGGAUGUCAGUAAGGAGAUCUCCAAAGGAACGGCCGAAGUCGAAAGGCUGCAUCUUGGCGCACCAAGCCCACUGGAUAGUACUGGUGGCGCUAAUCAAGACGACCACGAGCGCAAAGGGCGACCAUUAAGCCGAUUGGAGAGUGAAGAUGAUGACAGUCCCCAUCCUAAUGCUCUGCCGGCACGAGCACGCACAUUCCCUGUCGACGAAGCCGCUAAGGGUCACGCACACGAUCCUAUGAAGGACCGGCUCUUCCUACACAUCGGACCAGGCGCCGACCAUGCCGAGAGUGAUAGUGCCUUUGACGCGCUCAUGAUUAGCGAAAGUCCUGGCGGCGUGGAUGACGACAUUUACGAAAUGGCGUAUCAAGAGGAAAUCAACCGCAUUCUGGCAGAACGUGCUGAGGCUAAUAUUCAUCUCGUCCGCCGUGUCGAACACAUCGAGAAACUCAGAAGACACCCUAACGUCAUCCAAUCUUCUCUCAACCACGCCAUCGAUUUCGCGGGCACCACCGCUAGGAGAGCUGAAGCACGCGUGCGUACCGGUGGACUGGCAGCUCUGGUCCGGGACGCACGUAAUAAAGCUCGGGAGACGGUAGCGGAAGCUGAACGGAGUGCGGCGAAUAGUCCGACACGCUCGACCUCUGCUGGCGUUAGCAUCAGCGACGAGGAUCCCAGUCCGACCAGUACUACGCAGCUCAGCCCUGCAACUAUUGAUGGUACAUCUGAUCCGAAAUCACGGGAUGGUUCCAGGUCACCGGUGCCGGACAGCAUUCGCUUGAGGGACUAUGCGAGGUCUUCAGCGAGUCGGGCGAUGAAAGGAAUGGCGAGGAGGAUCGACGAGACGGCGAAGAGAGUUGAGGCAAAAGGGCCCCAGCCUUAUGAGGGGACUUGA